AUGCCCCAACCACUGUCAUCCAUCAGAGAUAGCCACCCCUACACCCUCAAGCCACAUCAGUGUGUGAGUGUGUGUGUGGUGGGCGUUUGUUCUCUCACUUUCGCCCCCGUGCGUGAGACAAGAGAGACACACAUAGCGCGAAGACAAAGCCAGAAACAGGAGACUCAGAGAGAGAGAGAGAGCAGAGAGAGAGAGAGAGAGAGAGAGAGAGAGAGAGAGAGAGAGAGCAGAGAGCACACACACAGAGAUGUAGCUUGUGCUUCAGCUUCUCCUGCUCUUCCUCCAAGAUCCCCCUUUGCCGCUGUGUGCCGUGUGAGCUGUGCCUGCUACCCCCCUUUCGCCCCUGCCCCUGCCCCUGCCUCGGCUUCUUUCUCUCUCUCCCUGCCCCUUCUCUCUCUCUCUCUGCCUCUCUCUCUGUGCCUCUCUCUGUCUCUCUCUGCCCUUCUGCCUCUUUCUGUGCUUCUGCUUGUCCUUCUGCCCUUCUCUCUCUCUCCUGUUGCCUCUCUCUUCUUCCUCUGA